CGCGAGACUGCUGCUCGAUGAUGGCACGACGCUGGCUGUACGCUGGCUCGACGCUGGCACGAUGCUGGGAGUGCGUGAUACGACGACGCGAGACUGCUGCAUUGUGCUGUUGGCGCCUCUGUUCUUGGCGCCAGCUGGAAUCUUGAUUGCUGGUGUGGCGCUUGCCACAUUGUCUUCGACACAGAUUGGGGUAUCGACGAGCAGGGAGAUCAGGACUGUGAGAUUGGUUGAGAGAGAGAGGGAAGCUUACCUGAUUGUUGCUGUCGAGACAUUCCGUGCUGCUGUGACGUCUUCAUGGGAGAUCUGUGCCUACGUGGCACUUUGCUGUGAUUGGUCGGUUCUUGUCAAGGCUCAUCCAGGGAUAUACUUGUUUGCUGGAGGUUACAUGGGGUUGGAGGAGGGGCCACCCCCCCACCUGGAUGCUAUUACAGGCUCUCCACGACAGAACGACUUGAUGCGGUAUUACUACGAUGAGCUUGAGGAGGGGCAAGGUCUUUGCGCUACGCUGGAGGACCGCUACUAUGAUGACGAUGACGACACCACGGAAGACGCCAACAGCAUCAACCCCAACAUCGACUGCAAAGACAAUGACAAUCUCACCUGUUUCGCCGUCGAUCUCAACAACAACAACUACAAUGACAAAAGCAACAACAACGAUUGUGGUGAUAACAACAACGGCAGCAACGACAACAACAACAUCAGCAACAACAUCAGCAACGGCGACAAAAAUAACAACAUCAACAACAACAACAACAAUAACGGCGAUGACUGUGAUCUUCGUGAUGAUGGCGAUGACUUGCGCAUCCAAGUCAUUCAGGUCGUCGCCACCUAUAAUAACGACCAUUUUGCCGGCUGUGAUGUCAACAUUUACAGCAGCGAUUCGGAUGGGAGUGGUCGCUGGGUACAGCGGGCUCCUUCCACAAUUUUUGUCAUAUUCAGUGGAGGUUGGCCUUUUGGGGAGGGGAUCACUCUCUGCAAGUUCAUGAGCUGUUUGUGCCGGCGAGGUAGCAUUGCGCUCCUUCAGUGGGAUCUGGGUGGGAAAGUCGCAGGGUAGGACUCAUUUACCCAUCUGUGCUAUCUAGAGGGGGGCGCUAUAAUUGGCAUAUCAUCUGACUUGAGUACCUUCUCUGAUUUAGUAUCUCAAGGGCUAUCCAGCGU